CAGUGACCAAGUGCGGGCAAAUAAAUUCAAGGUCGAAUGAUGCGUCUGGGGGUGUAGAGGUAACUGAAGGUCUCGAUCCGUAUAAAUUCAGGUCAUCAACAUCAGCCACUCUUUUCCCGAGCAGACGAUUAAAGUAGCGAGAUAGUCUCAAGCCAUCGACGUAGCUUCGAACCACACAAUCACUCAAGGAAAAAGUAACCAUGACCCAGGGAGAGGGUACGUCGCUCUGGAACUCGGAGACUUGUCCGAGGCUCGUGGAAGAAAAGAAAAAAAAAGCAAAAAGCAGAACGACGCUCUCGAUUCUAGAUCGAGUCAAUAGUUGGAGCCAUUCGGAUGCCUCCAACGGAGCUGCAGAUGGGUUUCCCAAGUGUCGUUUUUCCUUUUCUUCGCCGACGCAGCCCCCGACCGGAGAUAGAUAUAUAUGUAGGAUAUCUGCAAACGGGCUUAAAUAUACUGGCGCAGAGCUCCGUGUCAGUUGCCAACACCAGCCAAUCUCUCCUCCAGCCUCAUCACAAAUCAUGGGAAAUCUCAUCUUAUUGAUCGUCCAUUUACCUACCUGUCCAGAUGUCUAUCCAUCCAUCUCUCCACCAGCCCCCAAAGCUCAACACGGCAACCAGAUUGAUCGACAAGAACCAAAUCCCACCUUGGCUCUAUCAAUGAAGAGGACAGACCAAAAAAUGAAUAAAUAUAUAAAAGCGGGAAAUCAGGACGCAGGAAAAAGAAACAAGAGAAUUCUCAAUCUACAAUGUCGCUCCUGCCUAGUAGCUCUUCAACUUCAACGUUUAGUAUCAAAUCUAUAGGAUCUAAUGAUCAUCACCAAUAUCUGCUGUUAUCAUCCAUAUAAUAUCACCAGGCAAACAGAGUUGGGGGGUGGGGCGUUCCUGGGUGUUUGUCUAUAAACAAUGGAGAUAUGGCUGCGCAAGCGAUCGCCCAGCAUCCCAAAUUAAGUAUCUAUAGUUAUUUCUCCGUAGCAUUUUGCAUGUCGAGUAUCUGA